GCGGGGGAAUGUAGUUCCGGUGGCGGCCAUCUUGUGGCGAGGAGCCGCUAGACGUAGCGGAUCGCUGGACGUGGGAUCCCGAGCCGGGGGCCCAGCCGCCGGGACAGAGCCGGACAACAGCAACAAACCGCCAUCUGCUCACAGUCUCCCGCCUUACCAACUUUCCCAUCCCAGCGGCUGAGGCCGGACAGCCCGCCCGCCCGCGGGAUGGCGUUGAAGCGGAUUAACAAGGAACUCGCUGACUUGGCUCGUGAUCCUCCAGCACAGUGUUCUGCAGGGCCAGUUGGAGAUGACAUGUUUCACUGGCAAGCCACAAUCAUGGGACCUAAUGAUAGUCCAUAUCAGGGUGGAGUCUUUUUCUUGACAAUUCACUUUCCUACAGACUACCCUUUCAAACCACCCAAGGUUGCGUUUACUACAAGAAUUUAUCAUCCAAAUAUUAACAGUAAUGGCAGCAUCUGUCUUGAUAUUCUAAGAUCACAGUGGUCCCCUGCUUUAACUAUUUCUAAAGUACUAUUGUCCAUUUGUUCACUGUUAUGUGAUCCAAAUCCUGAGGACCCGCUAGUGCCAGAGAUUGCACGUAUAUACAAAACAGAUAGGGAAAAAUAUAACAGACUAGCAAGGGAGUGGACAGAAAAGUAUGCUGUGCUCUAGGGUAUAACAAACUAGCCCGGGAAUGGACUCAGAAAUAUGCAAUGUGAUACCUUGGAAUUCAAAUAUCUUACGUUAUAGCUGGAAUAAACUUUAAAUUACUGAUUUUUGGUUUUCUAUUUGGCUGCCCCUUAUAAGAUCACAUCUUUCAUCCCCCAUCCACAUGCUCUUGAAGGCAAUUUAGUACUUCUGCUUCGACAAGACCAGCACUCUGAAUUUUUAAUGUAGUUUCAUCAUUCAUCUGAAACUCUGACCUCCCUUAUAAAUGGAGCAUGUGUUAAGUGGCCAAUACUUUCACAAUAACUUGGUUAUGAGACUAAAAGCAUUCCUCAUUGCUGUAACAGUGGUGAUUUUUAAUCUGAAAUUGAACAAGUCAGCAAUUAAACUCCACUCUUAAAGGAUUGCUGCUUCGUCAGAAAACAUUUUUCAUUUUCCCCAGAUAAAAUUACCUAUUUACUUUAUGCUCAUAACUUUGUUAUCAAUGGUGGAUUGGUACAGGAUGUCAUAGUGUCAGCAUUAAUUAAAAUAUUGGCUGUAUUUUAUGCAUGUUAAUAAAAGGAAUGACUUGAGGUUUUUGUUGGUUUUGCGCAGAAUGAAAAUGGAAGUUACUGUCUCUCUACCUUACCAAAUGGAUUAGCUCAGAUCAUUUUUGUAAAUUUCAUUUAUAGUACUGCUUUUAAAAACAAAAUUACAGCUAUUAGUUAAUCUGUUAUCCAGAACACACUUAUAUGGCACUGAAUUAUGAUUCAAAUCUUUUGGUUGACUGAUCAACUAAUAGCUCAUAUUCAUUCGGUUUUUCUUUUUAAUAAAGUUGCAUAAACCAAUUUUUGAGCAGCCUGAAUGAAUGCAGUACAACUUGCUUUCUUAGCUUGUGUAUCUUUAGUGUGGAGCAUUUGAGAUUUGUAAACAUGGAGUGGAGCCUCACUGAUUGUAAGGUUGCAAUUUGAAAUAUUUUGCCAAGCAAUUCCAACUAGUGGUGUGAAAUUCCUUAAUCCUGUAUUAUGGCUCUUGUUCUAGAUUAAGGUCAUGCUUAAUGUGUGGUAACAUUGAUUUUUACCUUUGCCAAAAAAAGUAGUUAGAAACUAAUGGGCAGAUGUAUGCUUACAUGAUUGCAGUGUGUACUGUUUAAAUGAUAUGUCGCACGUGCUGCUAAGAAUAAUGUUUUUAUAUAGCUAUUCAAAACUACAUUAUGGGAUUAUCUCUAGUUUCAAUAGUAUGCUGCCCUUUCUUGAGAGACUAACUCUUAUCUGCUGAAUGAUGACUUGGUUAAUGGAAGUAAGGAGCUGGAACCUGAAAUUCAAACUUCCCUACAGUCUUCCCCACCCACCUACCACUUGGCAUUUGAGUUUUUAUAGUCUGAAGUCUCAUUUUCAUUGGAUAAAGGAGGAUUACUUAC